AUUAUUGGAAAUUAUAACAUUGUCUUCCUAACCUAAUUUUUUCUCACACUUUCGUUUUAUUUUAAGAAUUUAAAAUGCAGAACCCAAACGAUGACACUGAAUGGAACGACGUUUUGCGAGCCAAAGGCAUCAUCCCACCGAAAGAAAAGGAGGUCACCGAAGAUGACCUGGUCAAUAUGCUCGAGCAGACCAUUAAAGAGAAACAAGCAACCGGUGAUGGUAAACACAUCACCGACAUGAAUUUGGACGAGUUAGACGAACUGGAAGAUUCGGAGGACGAGGGUAUAUUACUCGAGUACCGACAGAAACGUAUAGCUGAAAUGAAGGCGCUCGCCGAUCGGUCAAAAUUCGGCAGUGUUUUGGAGAUAUCCGCGCAAGACUACGUGCAGGAGAUUAAUAAAGCUGGCGAGGGCAUCUGGGUCGUUCUUCAUCUUUAUAAACAAGGGAUACCGUUGUGCGCCCUUAUAAACCAAUUCAUGCACAAUUUAGCAGCUAAAUUCCGCACAGUGAAAUUUGUCAAGUCAAUUUCGACAACUUGCAUACCGAAUUACCCAGAUAAGAAUCUACCGACGAUCUUUAUCUAUUUCGAAGGGGAGAUGAAGAAACAGCUUGUGGGGCCUGUCGAACUGCGCGGUCCCAACAUGACGCAGGAUGAGUUCGAGUAUAUGAUCGGAAAAGCUGGGGCAGUGCCUACGGACCUUACGGAAGAUCCCCGCGUUGCUGUGAAAGAUAAACUGUUUUCAGAUUUGAAGGAUUUGAAUAAUGAUUGGUGACGUUGGGCUGGAUGUGUUUCAAUGCGUGGUGCUUUUGUAUCAGACUCUGGAUUUCUUUGCUACCAAAUCGUAACUGUGAUUUUUACUGCUGUAUUAUUAACUAUAUGCAGACCGCAGAGCUGGGCAGAAUACUUUCAAAAAGUGUUUGAAUACUAAAUAGUAAAUACUUUACACAAAUCAAAUGUAUUUGUAUACUAAAUACUUUUACGUCCAGUACAAGCGAAUACUAGAUACAGA